UUAAUAAUUGCGCAAAUAUUAAAAAUUAAUUACUCUUGGAACUGAAUAGUGACAGUGAAUGUUUAAUUUAAUUUUAAUUGCAAAAUCUAAUAACAAUUAGCAAAGAACAAUAAUUAUUGUGCACUUUAAAAGAAUUUCAGUACACAUGAUCGGCAAAGACACCCGUUAGCAUCGACGUUUUUGUCAUUGCGCGUUUCAUUAUUGUUGUUUUUUUAAUUUUUUUUUUUUUAAUUUUUUUUUUUUUAAUUUUUUUUUUUUUUUUCAAAUUUUUAUUUUGUUUUGAAAACGUGACGUUUAAUUUGUUCUAAUAACUCUGCCUCGAGAGUACUUUUUUAACUCAAAUUUUACAAGAAAUUGAAAUCUGUUGUGUUGUACAUUUUUUUUUCAUCUCUAAACUGAAUCAUCAAUUUAUAUAUAUAUCUAAAAUUGUUCAGUUGCUUGCAAUUUGUGGAAAUCGAAAUUUACUUAAUAUUUUCUUUGGGUUUUUCUUCGUUCUUUCCGAUUGGUUUUGCUUCAAUAGCCGAAAUUUCAACAUGACUAAAGAACAGGAAACCACAAUUCCAGAGGAAUUAUAUAAUUUGACACAAUUAGCCGAGGUCACAUUAGCUGCUGGACGUUUGAGUACAACAAAUGCCAGUGAAAUAAAAGAUUAUAUCAAUAGCAAUAAAAAAUCUGAAUGUAUGAUAAGUAUGGAUUAUGAAGUACUUAAUAUACCAUUAAAGAAACAAUGGCACAGCAACAAACCAGAUGUGGAGUGCUCUCUAUCUACUGAUGAAGAAAAUCCUGUAUUGCAAAAUAACAUCUGGAAACAAAAUAAUAAUGAUACAAUUACAAAAACAAAUGAUUUUGAAAAUAUCAACAAUAACGUAAAUGAAGAUCUAAAUAUUUUGCAAAGCAGUAAUAUUUCAUCAGCAAUAACAACUGAAACAGAAAAAUCAACAAUCAAAACAUUUUACUCAUCAUCGGAUGAUGACUCAAACUAUUACAGUCAUAAAGUAUUUGAUCGAAAAAAAUUACGUCGUUCCACGAUUUCAGAUAAUUCUCGUUAUGAUGAACAUUCAUGUAGUAGCAUACCUAGCUGUAGUGGCGAUGAGCAUUUCUCUGGAGCAACUGUAGAAAAAUUUAAUAGUACUGAUAAAUUUACAAGUAAUUACACAGAUUCUGGAGGUUCUACAAUAAGUUUACUUGAUGAUGAACAUAUAUGCCCUGAAUGCGGUAAAAAAUAUUCGACAUCGUCCAACUUAGCUAGGCACCGACAAACCCAUAGGUCAAUCAUGGAUAAAAAGGCGCGUCGAUGUCCCUUCUGUGAAAAGGUUUAUGUAUCUAUGCCAGCAUUUUCAAUGCAUGUCCGCACACACAAUCAAGGUUGUGAGUGUCAAUACUGCGGUAAAUGUUUUUCCCGACCAUGGCUACUGCAGGGUCAUAUAAGAACUCAUACAGGUGAGAAACCAUUUAAGUGUAACGUCUGUAAUAAAGCAUUUGCUGAUAAAUCCAACCUACGUGCUCAUAUACAAACACACUCAAAUACGAAACCGCAUACUUGUCCACGAUGCGGUAAAGCAUUUGCACUGAAAUCCUACCUUUAUAAACAUGAAGAAUCGUCAUGCAUGAAAAAUCAUCAACGUAACGAUAAAGAACCUCGUGUAAAUCGUACUGUGACUACAUCUGCUACUACACAAUCCAUAAUAACCACAGGUUCAACAACAACAUCACCGACUAAGUGUAAUAUCCUAAACGCCUCCAACAACACAGAUUCUGCCAAAUCAACUUUAGCUAAUAAAUUAUUGCAAAAGGAGAAGGAUCGUCAACAAGCUGCCAUGGCUUAUGCUACUAUACCAAUGACUUUCACAAAUACGAAUAAUAAUAAUAUAAUUGCUGCUUCACUUAGUAUAACCCCACAAAUAGCGAACACUAAUUUACAGAUUAUGGCUAUACCUCAUAUAGAUAAUAUUCCAACACAAAUGACAAGUUUUCAUUCAGAAAAGUCAUAUACAAUGCUUAGCACUCCUAUGUCUCAACAGGAUUAUGAACACUUUAGUCGUAUUAGUGUCAUACAACCUGCUGUUGCUGCCAUUAAAGCUGAAGAGUUUGGAAGUGAUAAACCUAUUGUCACUAAUUCUUCAGUACUCACCCCGCAAAUGUCAGUACAUUUUUACAAUACUAAUGUAAGUAACGAAACUCAGAUCGAACCCGUCGAUUUUUCACCAAAGAAUAACUUUUCUCAUUCUGCUAAGACAAGUCCAUUCGAAUUGACUGGAAAUUAUGCAUUGGUUGCUUAAUUGGUUAUAAGCUUAUUGGUUUCUUUAGUUUUUUGGUUUAUUUAAAAAGACAAAAUAAAUUUAUCUACAUUAAAUUUUUAUUAUUUUAA